GUCAUGUCGCUCUCAGGAAGAGAUGGAGAAGAGGAUCCGGCAGCGGCUAGAGCUGCAGCAGACGCGUCAGGAGAUGAUGGCCUUCAAGCAGUUGCGCAUACAAGCUGAGAAAGAGGAAGAGGAGGCCUUCAGACAGAUGAUGAUGACCAAGUUUGCAGAGGAUGAUCACAUUGACCAAAUGAAUGCCCAAAAGCGUCGUAUGAAACAGCUGGAACACAAACGGGCUGUGGAGAAGCUGCUGGAAGAAAGGAGACAGCAGUAUCUGGCUGAACAAGAGAGGGAGGAAGAGGAGCGAGCUAUGGAGAAGGAGAGAGAGGCUAAACAACGUAAGAUCAUUGAAGAGGAGAGACAGAGGCUGCUAAAGCAACAUGCAACGAAACUGCUGGGAUACCUAUACCGAAGGGUAUUUUCAAAGAAGAUGACCUAGAGCACUUUGAUGAGGAUUUCAGAAACAAUUUCAAAGAAAGACAGGCUGAUAUUUUCUCAGAUGAAGGUUGGGGAGAUAAGUCGCAGUUGGGUAAUUCAUGUAAUAACCACAAUGUGGCGCUCUUUUUAAAUCCAAUCUGUAUACCAAUGCUGGUA